CCGUAUAAGAUGUAAUGUUUACAUGCUUGGUGACUUUUAAUACUUCCUUAUUCAUGGAGAGAAAUAUCCUACUAUCAUUACUUCAUAAAUUCUGUUUUACUAUUGUUGAAUAGUAAAGUUGAAUACGAGCCAAGAACAUUUAUCUAACCAUAGCUUUCGGUAUGCGUUGAGUCUGUAAAGUUUUGUAAAAUUGAAGGACUUAUUGAAAAGGAAAAUGUGGUAUCGAUGUGGAUAAAGCUACGUGGCAGAUAUCAGUCUUAAACCCCACUGUUACGACAAAGCAAAACUGCUGAACAAGACGGAUUGAAAAAUGGAAAUACAAAGAACAGUUCUUCUGAUCUUAAUGCUGGUUGAAGUUAAUGAAGGCAACUUAACUCAUCUAAUGAAAAAGAAAACAUGCAAAACAUAUAUGUUACAUCAUCGACAAUCCCUAGACUGCAGCCAUCAGAACCUCUCAUAUAUCCCGAAGACUGAAAGAAAUAUUCAAACUUUGAUAUUCAGUUAUAACGAUUUGAUGAAUGUUACAUCGGAAACAUUUGGAAAUAUCAGCAACCCUGAAAAUCUUGUUGACCUUGAACUUGACCAUAACAAUAUUCAAAGCAUUUCUGCACACGCACUUGAUGCGUUCCCAAACUUGAAGUUCUUGUACUUGUCAUACAACCCAAUACACUAUAACGAUGUAAAACAUCUUUUUGGUGUUUUGUCGAACUUCAGAUAUCUUAACCACCUGAGUAUAUGUGGAAUAAGAUCCAUAACCAUUCAGAAAGACUUGUUUUCUUUGAUGAAAGAAAAUAGGAUAGAAACUUUAGACGUCAGAUUUUACAACAUGACAACAUGUUCACUUGACACUUUUAGAAAUUUUAACAAUUUAAAAACUCUGUUUUUGAAAAACAAUCAUAUAGAGGAAAUACUCCUGUCUAAAAAUAAACAUCUACGUAAUUUAUACCUUGAUCACAAUAACCUGAAGUUUUUCCCAGACUUUUCCGUUGGCAGUGAAGACUCCGAGUGCUACAUUCCAAACAUUGAGCUUCUGUCUGUCCGCAUGAAUGAAAUACAAGCAAUUGAAAAAGAACAUUUCAAAUGUUUAUUCAAACUGAAAACUCUUGAACUUGGUGAAAACCCUAUUAAAAUAUUGCAAGACAAUAUUCUAUCAAAACUACCAAAUUUAGAAACAUUGCAGCUGAGGUAUUCACCCACGGGAAGUAUAAAAGUGGAACCGCUUGCUUUCAAAUCUACUUCACUGAACACCCUUCAACUGGAGUGGAAUAGUCCAGCAGAAAAUGUGUUUGAGUCUCUCGAUGAAACAUUUAAGUUUUCACCAAACCUGAGAACUUUGAAGCUUGGCUUUAUUAGUAUGUUCCGGUUAACUAACCAGGAAUUAUCAAGAUUAUUUUCACCACUUGAUAACAUUCGGUUUUUUCAAUGCUUUGCAUGCGAAAUUUCGCAGGAUCCAGAAGCUAUCGUGAAACAUAUGAAAAAUUUGCAAAAGAUCGAUCUUCAAUCUAAUCGAAUCACAAAGUUAAGUGAUACAACGUUUAGGAAAAACAUGCAUUUGAUGUAUCUCAAUUUAAAAAACAAUGCAAUUGGACAUAUUUCCGAGUCAGCCCUUCCAACAUCGCUGUUAAAUAAGUUACAUUCAAUAGACCUUAGUCAGAAUCCUUUUGCAUGUGACUGCGGCCUUGAAUGGUUUAUCAACUGGUUGAAAACCAACAAAAAUACGACUGCGCUUCCAGGUUAUCCAUAUAAUUAUACAUGCUCACUUCCACCUGAAAAGUCUAAAUUAAGAUUGUCGGAUAUAACUUUUACAUACAAAGAAUGCCACCCGUGGAGUCCAUGGAUCUGGGUUGCUGUGAUCGGCUCACCUUGUGUCAUUGCUAUUGCUAUUGUCGUAGUCAUAGUUUACAGAAACAGAUGGAAUAUCAAACAUUAUAUUUAUUUAGUAAGAAAGAGAAGAAACUAUCAAGAAAUUAAAGGCCAUAACUUGGUGUACGAUGCUUUUGUUGGAUAUGAGGCCAAGGAUUCGGCAUGGGUGCGUCGCAGGCUUUUACCUGUGCUUGAAAGCAAACUGGGGUUGAAAUUAUGCAUUCAUGAAAGGGACUUCGAAGCUGGAGUUUUUAUAAAUGACAAUAUUGUCACCAACAUGGACAUGAGUGCAAAAGUCAUUCUUGUGCUUACAAAUGCGUUUGCCCGCAGUAAGUGGUGCACGUUUGAAUUGAAAGUUGCUCAUUCGAAACUGAUUGAAGAUGAAACAGAACUAGUGGUCAUUCUCCUUGAACAAAUAGAUGGAAAAAAUAUGAAUCGCUCUUUAAAGUUGUUAUUUGAUACAACCACAUACAUAGAAUGGACAGAGGAUGUUGUAGGUCAAGAACUGUUCUGGGAAAAACUAGAAAAUAUUAUGAACAAAAAGUGAUUAGAGGCUAGAUGAUUCAUUUAAUGUUCAUAAGUAAAUAAUAUUGCUAACACUGAAAUUAAUAUUUAAUGUGUGUUUUCAUUACUUUACCAACCCAUUAAUUUAGAAUCAGUUUUUCACACAUCAAGUUAGAAUUUUCUUGAAGCGUUAAUAAAUGUUUUAAUCAUACCAUAUUUUAUAUAAUUAGAUUUUAGAUAAACAAGCGUUACUAAAUGUUUUAAUCAUAUCAUAUUUUAUAUAAUUAGAUUUUAGAUAAACAGUUUGUGUGAGAAAUAUUCAUGGUUUUAAAUGCAUACUCACGCGGAAUUAAAUACCUGCAAUGACGCUAAGGUUUCUUUAACCAGACAGAACUUGAAUGCACUGUUCACACCUAUGUCUAUUCUGAUAUGUCUACAUCAUUGAUAGCAGAUAUUUUAGAUUUGUCCUGCUAUAAUUCCGUGGAAAGAUAAUUUCGAAGCAUAGUACGCAUCCAAGCGGGAUGAUAGCAGACUCGGUUGAUUGAGUCUGUUCAUAACAUUUCUCUUAGUUGAAAUUACUCAAAAUGGCCUCUACUAGGCUUGAGCCUUUUCUCUUAGAAUAAAUUAUAUGUUUAUUAGAUUUUGAAACAGUUCACUUAGAUUUAAAAGUCAGGAUACACUAACUUAAACUCAUUUCACAUUGUUCCGGAACACAUUGCUUGCUAAAUAGAAACAAUAGGUAAAUCAUAAAUUUAAUUACUCUGUAGGCAAUAACUUGUCCCGUAAGAAUUAAACUUCAGUCUAGAAAACAGUGACUGCACUGGAGAAUGUUUAUAGCAAGGUAGUUAGAGUAGUUGACUUUAAAUCACAUGUCCGUCACCUAUUCAAUAAAACGAAACGUUUCAAAUAUUGUGUCUGACGACAUAACUGAAACUCUGUUCAGACAUUUCUUGUAAAAUAUCAUAUAGGAUGAAAAAUACUUAAUUGAAAUAGUUGGUAGAAAAGGAUAAGUGCACUGACAAUUCAACUGGAUAUUCCAUAAAAAAGCUGAAUUCUAAAUGUGUUGCCGGAAAUGUUUUUUUUUUUUACGUAUCCAAGAAUAUACAUUUCCAGUGAUAGCUCCAGAUUCCUCAGAUGUGCCCAGUUUUACUAUCCAGCAUCGAAAUAAUUGAGCGCGCUGUCUCAUGUGACACCUCUUGUUAUACGUCGCAUUUAUUAAUUUUAUUUAUCUAUAACUAUGUUUUAUGUGUAAAUUGUUAUUGUAAUAUUGUGUGAUAGUGUCUUAUAGUUCAAAUUUGAAUGGUCAUGUACUACUUUUAUACAUAUAUUGAAAUGUAAUUUUAUACUGAGAUACUGUACAUGAAUGAGACAUAAAUAAAGAUUAAUAUAUACA